GGGGAUUUAAACAACAAUUAGUCCAUGCAAACCAGAGUGCAGCUCCUCUAGUUUCUCAUUUCUUUAAGUCGCUCUCCCAGCCUCCGAGACUCAGCCCCGACCCCUCCAUGAGAAAAUGGAUCAAACCCAAACCCAGCGAUCAGUUUCGGCUUCAGCUUCUCGGGCCUUCCAGUUCCACCCUGCCCGUGCCGCCAUUUUCGAUCUCUUCAACCUCUACUUAGGAAGAAGUAGCCGCCAGAAACCCGAAGAUUCUACCCGAGAACCUCCGAACAAGACACAGAAGCGUGUGGUUGCAUUAAACAGAGAGCUUCCUCCUCGAAAUGAGCAGUUUCUCUUGGAUUUUGAGCAACUUCAGAGCCAGUUUUCUGACCAAGAUCAAUUGCGCGUUGUAACAGAAUCUGUUCUUAUAUCUCUGGUUGUGAGCUGUAGUGGUCAUGCACCACGGGCUGAAUUUCUUCUCUUUGCUUUGCGAAGCUUGUGCAGUAUAGGUUACAUUAACUGGGAUUCUCUUUUGCCGACCCUUCUUUCUUCAGUUUCCUCUGCAGAAAUGACAGCGGGUCAGGGGAGUCAAGCAAUGGCAGCUGUCUCAUCUACAAGUUUAUCGCAGUCUGGGAUGCUGCCACCUUCAAGCUCAAUUACCAAUUCUGCUACUUUUCAGUCUUCAAAUCCAGCAUCUCCACUACCCUCAGUUCAUGGUAUUGGUUCCCCUGCUCAAUCCGGUAUUGAACCAUCAUCUUGUGCAGCUUUGUCACCAGUCAAAUCAUCUGAUAUUUCCUGUAUUGGACAGCAACCUACAGCAAGGGUAAAUUCAUCUAUAAGAGAUAAUGCAAUAAGCAGUCUACGUCAGCUGUGUUGCAAGAUUAUUUUAACUGGUCUUGAAUUUAAUUUAAAACCAGUGACUCAUGCUGACAUUUUCUACCAUAUGCUGAGUUGGCUGGUUAAUUGGGAUCAAAGGCAACAGGGGAUUGAUGAAUCUGAUGGAGCUAAAUCUUGGAGACCCGACAAGGCUCUUAUUGAAUGGCUGCACAGUUGUUUAGAUGUGAUUUGGCUUUUGGUUGAAGAGGAUAAAUGCCGAGUACCCUUUUAUGAAUUACUCCGCAGUGGCUUGCAAUUUAUUGAAAACAUACCUGAUGACGAAGCCUUAUUUACACUUAUCUUGGAGAUCCAUAGGAGGCGAGAUAUGAUGGCUAUGCACAUGCAAAUGUUAGAUCAACACCUUCAUUGCCCUACAUUUGGUACUCAUCGGGUUCUUUCUCAGACAACUCCUAGUAGUUCAGGUGAAGCAGUAGGGAACUUGCGAUAUUCGCCAAUCACAUAUCCGAGUGUACUUGGGGAGCCAUUGCAUGGAGAGGAUCUUGCAAUGUCUAUUCAGAGGGGUAGUUUGGACUGGGAGAGAGCUUUACGUUGCAUAAGGCAUGCUCUUCGCAGUACUCCUUCACCAGACUGGUGGAAGCGCGUGCUUCUUGUUGCUCCCUCCUAUAGGCCUCCUCAAGCGCCUACUCCUGGUGCUGUAUUUACUUCUGAAAUGAUUUGUGAGGCAACAAUCGAUAGAAUUGUUGAACUAUUGAAGCUUACGAAUUCAGAGAUAAAUUGCUGGCAGGACUGGCUUGUCUUUUCCGAUAUCUUCUUUUUUCUUAUGAAAAGUGGGUGUAUUGACUUUGUUGAUUUUGUGGACAAGCUAGUUUCGCGGGUUACGGAGGGUGACCAGCUCAUUCUUAGGACAAAUCAUGUAACUUGGUUGCUUGCACAAAUUAUGAGGGUUGAGCUUGUGAUGAAUGCUUUGAAUUCAGAUGCUAGAAAGGUGGAAACCACCAGAAAACUUGUAUCAUUUCAUAGAGAAGAUAGAAGCUCUGAUCCUAAUAAUCCUCAAAGUAUCCUGCUUGAUUUCAUAAGCAGUUGUCAGAAUUUGCGUAUUUGGUCAUUGAACACAUCAACCAGGGAAUAUUUGAAUAAUGAGCAGCUUCAGAAGGGAAAGCAAAUAGAUGAAUGGUGGAGGCAAGUGAGCAAAGGGGACCGAAUAAUGGAUUAUAUGAAAAUGGAUGAUAUAUCAAUUGGGAUGUUUUGGGUUGUCUCUUACACCAUGGCACAACCAGCUUGUGAAACAGUAAUCAAUUGGCUAUCCUCCGCAGGAGUUGCAGAAAUGUUACCAGGGCAAAAUCCACAGUCCACAGAGAGGUUAAUGCUUAUGCGGGAAGUAAGCCCAUUGCCAAUGUCAUUAUUAUCUGGCUUUUCCAUGAACCUAUCUUUGAAGCUGGCCUAUCAAAUGGAAGAUUCUUUAUUUGUUGGACAGACUGUGCCCAGCAUUGCAAUGGUUGAAACAUAUACUAGAUUGCUGCUCCUUGCACCUCACUCAUUAUUUCGUUCACACUUCAGUCAUUUGGCUCAAAAGAAUCCAUCUUUAUUGAGCAAGCAUGGGGUCACUCUUUUGGUGCUUGAAAUUUUGAACUACCGUUUGCUUCCACUGUACAGGUACCAAGGAAAAAGCAAAGCCUUGAUGUAUGAUGUCACAAAAAUAAUAUCUACACUAAAAGUGAAACGCGGAGAUCAUCGUGUAUUUAGGUUGGCUGAAAACUUGUGCAUGAAUCUUAUUUUGUCACUAAGGGACUUUUUCUCGGUGAAAAGGGAAGGAAAGGGUCCAACUGAAUUCACGGAAACUUUGAAUCGGAUAACCAUAAUAACUCUUGCCAUCACCAUUAAAACACGUGGAAUUGCUGAUGCGGAUCACCUGCUUUAUCUUCCAACUAUGGUAGAACAGAUACUGGCAACUAGCCAACAUACGUGGUCAGAAAAAACACUGCGCUACUUUCCUCAAGUUCUCCGUGAUUCCUUAAUAGCACGAAUGGAUAAAAGGAGCCUGGCGAUUCAAACAUGGCAGCAGGCAGAAACCACUGUGAUUAACCAAUGCACACAGCUUCUUUCACCAUCGGCUGAUCCUAAGUAUGCUACAACGUACAUUAGUCAUAGUUUUCCCCAACACCGAAAUUAUCUUUGUGCUGGUGCUUGGAUGCUAAUGCGUGGGCACCCAGAGAAUAUAAACAGUGCAAACUUGGCCCGUGUCUUGAGGGAAUUUUCCCCAGAAGAAGUUACAUCUAAUAUUUACACAAUGGUGGAUGUGCUACUUCAUCAUAUUCAGAUGGAACUUCAGCAUGGACUUCCAAUACAGGACCUUUUGUUUAACGCUUGUGCAAACCUUGCAUUUUUUGUUUGGACCCAUGAGUUGCUUCCCUUGGAUAUUUUACUCCUAGCACUUAUUGACCGUGAUGAUGAUCCCCAUGCUUUGCGCAUAGUGAUUAAUCUACUUGAGAGGCAAGAGCUUCAACAAAGAGUGAAAUUAUAUUGUAUGAAUCGUGGAACACCAGAGCAUUGGCAAAUCAAUGGAAUGUUCAAGCGAGUUGAGUUGCAGAAGGCUCUUGGAAAUCAUCUCUCAUGGAAGGACAGGUAUCCCACGUUCUUUGACGAUGUUGCAGCACGUUUGCUUCCAGUCAUCCCCUUAAUUGUUUAUAGACUUAUUGAGAAUGAUGGCAUCGAUGCAGCUGACAGAAUUAUUGUCAUGUAUUCUCAACUGCUUGCUUACCACCCUCUAAGGUUUACAUUUGUUCGUGAUAUACUUGCGUAUUUCUAUGGUCAUCUUCCUGGAAAGCUCAUAGUCCAUGUAUUGAGUGUACUUGAUCUCAGCAAGAUACCUUUUUCAGAGUCAUUUCCACAGCACAUUAGUUCAUCAAGUCCUGUCAUGUGCCCGCCUAUGGACUAUUUCGCUACUCUCUUAUUGGGACUUGUGAAUAAUGUUAUACCUCCAUUACAUAACAACUCAAAAUUGGGAUCAAUGGGAGAUCCUUCAUGUAAUACAGUGCGUGCUCCACAUAAUAAGACUGCAAUAACAUCUCAGUCUGGGCUGGCGAAUGCUUCUGAGGGUCAAAAAGCAUUUUAUCAAAUUCAGGAUCCUGGCACCUAUACUCAGCUGGUCCUUGAAACUGCUGUCAUAGAAUUACUCUCUCUCCCUGUGUCCACAUCCCAGAUUGUUUCUUCACUGGUCCAGAUAGUUGUCAAUAUACAACCGACACUAAUUCAAUCCAGCAAUGGUCUGAAUGGAGCACCAAAUGGUGUUGGGCAAACUUCUGUAUUGCCAACAUCCCCUUCAGGGGGAAGCACGGAUUCCUUGGGUGCAGGCAGAUCAACUUCUUCAGUUUCAGGAAUAAACACCUCUAACAUUGUAUCUCGUAGCGGUUAUACAUGCCAACAACUGUCUUGCUUAUUGAUCCAAGCUUGUGGUCUUCUACUGGCUCAGCUCCCUCCUGAUUUUCACUCACAACUUUAUGUAGAGGCAUCCCGUAUAAUAAAAGAGAGUUGGUGGCUCUCCGAUGGGACAAGGUCACUGGGUGAACUAGACUCUGCUGUUGGCUAUGCUUUGUUGGAUCCGACAUGGGCUGCUCAAGACAAUACCUCAACAGCCAUCGGUAAUAUAGUUGCCCUUCUGCAUUCUUUUUUCAGUAACCUCCCACAGGAAUGGCUAGAAGGGACCCAUGCAAUAAUUAAACAUCUCAGGCCGGUGACAUCAGUCGCAAUGUUGAGAAUAGCAUUUCGUAUAAUGGGUCCAUUGCUUCCAAGACUUGCCAAUGCCCACACUCUCUUCAAUAAGACCCUCUCAUUACUCUUAAGUAUAAUAGUCGACGUCUUCGGAAGGAAUUCACAGCCAUCAAAUCCUGUUGAAGCAUCGGAAAUAGCAGAUCUCAUUGACUUCCUCCAUCACGUUAUCCAUUAUGAAGGGCAGGGAGGGCCUGUGCAGGCUAAUAGCAAGCCUCGGCCAGAGGUAUUGGCUCUCUGUGGGAGAGCAUCAGAAAGUUUACGUCCAGAUGUACAGCAUCUUCUGUCCCACCUAAAACCUGACGUAAAUUCUUCAAUUUAUGCUGCUACUCAUCCAAAGGUGGUCCAGAAUCCAUCUUAACGGUUGGGUUUAAUUGGUAUUUCUUGUAUGUUGAUAAACACUGUAAUGUUGUCCAUCAAUAGCAUCUAAAAUUCAAUGAUGUAAUAAUGCAGAAGGGUAUGAAUGGUAUACUAAUUUGUACUAAACUAUAGUCUAUUGGAAUCGUGAAAUUAAGAUAGAAUGCUAGCUAUUUGCAUAUCUAGACAAAGUGGGUGCAUGUGGUAUAGAAACGUGGAGCAUUUUUAUGAAGACCAGCUUUGUUAA